AUGAGUCCCGCCAUCACCAUCGCCCUUCUCCUGCUCUCCACAACUUUUGUUGAGUCGUUGAAGUCUCUGAAGGACCAAACUAAGGAGCAUUUUCCACAGCAUGAAAAAAAGAAAGGUGACCACAACAAAGAGAAGAUUCUGUCGGAUGAAGUUUUUCCAGGCUCCUGCCGUACUUGCAUGACUAUUGUGUCCAGAGUGCAGAAGCAGAUUGGAAGUGAUAAAUCAAAGGACAAAAUCAGGAGGCUGUUGGACGGUGCCUGUAAUAAACUGAAAUUCCGUCUCCUAAAGUCGGCCUGCAGAAAGAUCUUGAAAACAGUAAAAAACAAGUUGAUUGACGCCUUGACCAACGGCAAGUCUGCCAAGACCAUCUGCACUAAUCUGAAACUCUGCAAGGCGACCAUUUUAUAG